GUUCGACAGUAUUUUUUGACACACAAACAAAACAAAAAAUAGCGUUAAUUUAAGAUGCCGCUAUAUUUUUUCAAAUUUAGUCGAAAGCUUGUGUUUUUUCAAACGCACUAAUCGAUUUUAAAUCGUUUACGUUUAUUGUUUGAAAACCAAUAAUACUUUUUAAAAGUUUAUCAUUUCAUCGUAUUGUUUUUCCGAAAAAUAUAUAAAUUAAUAAAAUGUUCGUUUGAUGAAUCCUAUAUAUAAACGCACUUGACGACUCAUGUGUUAAACGUGUUCGAAUUUCAUCCCGAAUAUUCAUCUCUGAUAUAAUAAUGAAAAAAAAAUCAAAAAUGGCCGAUUCUGUUGUGUCGUUGGUGUCGUUGGUUUUGUUUGAAAAUUGUCAUCAAUGGCAUCAAUGGUAAACAUAACCUAAUAUAACCUAUGCGUAGCAUUCGUUAUUUCGUUCGUGAAUAGAAGUGAAUCAAAUGAAAUGAUGGCUCAUCGGGACAGUAACGUCGAUUCCAAUGGAAUGCAUAAUUUGAUCGAUAACAAAAGCAUUAAUUUAGAUAAUUGUCGGAAGCUCGUCAAGUCCUACAUCGAUUUGCAUUUGUACAGCGCUGCGUUAUUUUGGGCUGACAAAGUUGUCUCUUUGAGCAACGAAGAUCCCAAAGAUUUAUGUUCUCUCGCGCAAUGUAUGUACCUUAUGAAACAGUAUCAUCGCGCUGCCCAUUUAAUCAGAAGCCGAGGACUCGAAAAGACGGAUCUCUUUUGCCAUUAUCUGGUCGUACGGAGUUUAUUGGAAGCUAAAGAGUAUACCGAAGCGCUGCAGGUGAUUAAAGACUCGGAACAUUGCACAAGCAUGAGCCAAUCCAGUGCCAGCUUCGUAGAUAAUGCUCUCAUGAUGCAAGAUGCACCCAAAAAUCAGAUCCAAAGUUCGAUAUCGUACGUGAAAGGAAGAGUUUUUGAAGCGACGGACAAUCGAACAGUGGCAAUGGAAUGUUACAAGCACGCUCUUCAAUGCGAUGUUUAUAACUAUCAAGCUUUUGAAGCUCUUGUACAAAAUCAAAUGCUAUCCGCUAGCGAAGAAAGAGACCUGUUGGAAUCGUUGCCUCUCAGUGAACAGUGCACCGAAGCGGAACGCGAUCUUUUGCGACUUUUGUACGAUAGCAAGUUGAAAAAGUAUCAAGUGCCAUCGGAGGAACAACCUUCGAUAGCUUGCAGCAUUUCUGGUAUUUCGGUAUCCGACAGAUUGGGAAAUAAUCUCGAUAUGCAAGUCUCAAGGGCAGAGAGAUUGUACUACAAUUGUGAUUAUCAUCAGUGUUUCUCUCUGACAGAACGAAUAUUAAAAAAGGAUCCGUACCACAGUUCGUGUUUACCGGUACACAUAGCAUGUUUGGUCGAAUUAAAAAAAACGAACGCACUUUUCUAUUUAGCGCACAAACUGGUAGACUUGUAUCCGGACAUGGCUCUUGCUUGGUUCGCGGUUGGUUGUUAUUACUUUGGUAUAGGUAAGAGCGAUCAUGCGAGGAGAUAUUUGGCAAAAGCGACAGCGCUUGAUAGACUUUUUGGUCCAGCUUGGUUGGCUUACGGUCAUUCAUUUGCCGCUGAAAAUGAGCACGACCAAGCGAUGGCAGCAUAUUUCAAGGCUUCGCAGUUAAUGAAAGGCUGUCAUCUUCCCUUACUCUACAUCGGCUUAGAAUGCGGUUUAACAAAUAAUCUCAAGCUUGCCGACAAAUUUUUUCAACAGGCGCAAAGCAUCGCACCCAAUGAUCCUUUCGUUAUUCACGAAACGGGCGUUAUAUCUUUUUACAAUUUAGAUUAUAAAUCGGCAGAACGGCAAUUCAAAGAGGCCAUGAAGAGAAUUCAAGGUAGUGUGAAGAACGUUAUAUUGCCGAGCAAAUGGGAAGCUCUUUUGAAUAAUCUUGGGCACACGUGUAGAAAAAUGAAAAAAUACGACGAGGCCUUGGAGUAUCAUCAGCAGGCCUUGGUACUCAAUCCCUUGAAUCCUUCGACAUAUUCGGCAAUAGGUUUCAUACAUUCUUUGGUGGGAAGCACUCAGGAAGCCGUCGACGCUUUUCACAGAGCUCUUGGCUUGAGAAGAGACGAUACUUUUACAACCACAAUGCUCGGAUAUGUAAUGGAACAAUUGAUCGAAGAAACCCCACCAUUUCCUGACGCUCCACCGACCAUGCCGAAAUACAAAUUUUCCGAGGAACGUGUACAGACAGAGAGUGCAGCGGAAUCGAGUGAAAAUUUGAACGCGGGACCUACAGGAUCUCAGGAUCCUGCUGACAUCAACAAGCUACGGGUGAAUUUGUUUUCCCGAUGGGGCGAAGAUUCCGGAAAAACUGAGAAAACAACCUCAGAAAAAGAAGAAGAAAGUUCGCCAGAACUAGUUGUUAAUUAUUCAACUCGUGAAAUGAGUCCCGAAUAUCCAAUGAUGGAUUCGUCAACGGCCCAGAUAGAAUAUUAAAAAAAAAAAAAUGAACAAAUGAAUAAAUCUCUGAACGAUAA